AGCCACGAGCGGCAGCAGUACUAGUGCUACGGUAGGAAGAAGUCUGAAGAGUACUUCAAGGUGGGGGAAACAGAGAAGAGCACGGGACCGAAGGAGACCACGCCUCCCCCGUCUCCCUCCCACUACGAUCCAAGGAGGCCAGCGAAGGCCGCCGGAGUCCAAAAUUUUCGGGUAACCUAACGUACAGCCGCGGCGAUUCACGGGCUGGCGAAGCGGAGCGAAGGGAAGCAGGCGCAGAGAUGUCGGACGCGCUGAUCAACGGCCUCGCCGGCGCCGGCGGCGGGAUCGUCGCCCAGCUCCUCACCUACCCCCUCCAGACCGUGAACGCGCGGCAGCAGACGGAGCGCGACCCCUCCAAGCCGGCGUUCAAGGACGGCGCCGUCCGCCAGAUGUGCCUGGUCGUGAGGAACGAGGGGUGGGAGCGCCUGUACAGCGGCCUGCCGCCCUCGCUCGUCGGCACCGCGGCCUCCCAGGGUGUCUACUACUACUUCUACCAAAUAUUCCGGAGCAGGGCGGAGGCCGCGGCCCUUCGGCGAUCAAUUGGAGGGUUUGGAGAUGGAUCCGUCGGGAUGCUUCAAUCGCUCACUGUCGCUGCACUUUCUGGAUGCGUUAAUGUACUUCUCACAAACCCAAUUUGGGUUGUUGUUACACGAAUGCAAACUCACAGAAAGACUAACAAACAGCAAAGCCCUGCUCUUGACAAGGCCAUACAAACUGCCCCAGUUGAAAACAUCCCUCAUAAAACUAUCAACAUUAUUCAGGAUCUUUACAAAGAAGCUGGAGUGUUGGGCUUCUGGAAAGGGGUUGUUCCAGCUCUUAUUAUGGUCAGCAAUCCCGCAAUCCAGUUCAUGUUGUACGAGUCUCUUUUGAAGAAGCUGAAGAAGAGACGUGCCUCUAAUUUGAAGGGGGCUGAUGGACUGACUGCUAUUGAAAUUUUUCUUCUUGGAGCUGUUGCAAAACUGGGCGCAACUCUUGUUACAUAUCCUCUUCUAGUUGUGAAGGCAAGACUUCAGGCAAAGCAAAUGAUUACCGAUGAUAAGAGGCAUCGCUACAAAGGCACAUUUGAUGCACUCACAAAAAUGAUGCAUUAUGAGGGUCUAUCAGGGCUUUACAAAGGAAUGGGCACAAAAAUUGUGCAAAGUGUUUUUGCUUCUGCUUUGCUUUUUAUGAUUAAGGAGGAGCUGGUGAAGGGUGCUCGCUUAUUGGUAACCGGUAACACCAGUCUGGUUAAAAAGUUGCCUUCAAAGCAGUAAAGAUGAUCUAGGUCUUUGCAAGUGUUACUGACUGAUUGUAUCAUAAAUCACGAACAGAGUCAGCAAAUAGAGCCAUUUGUUAGGAGAGACGUUAUCAAAAUGUAGGUCCUCAAAAAAGAAGGGGGAGGUUUGAACUCUAGGUUUACGGUGACCACUAUUGUUCUUGUCGGAAACCGGAAGAUUAUAUAGUCAAUUACAUAUAUUGAAUAGGAUGUUUAAGUCACUCGUGUAAAACAUAUUCCCAGAUGUUGAAAAGUCGGAAAAUAAGUUGGUAAUGAGAGGGAGUUUCGUAUGUAUCUA